GAGUAUCAUGUCUCGUAGCUAAAUAGAAUAUUUUCUAGAAUUACGACAUACCUUGAACUCCACAGUAUUGUGCUCUGUGAUUGGUCUUCAGAGCGCUCGUCCAAUCGCAGACGUUUAUAUUCAUCGGUUCUUUUCUACCUGGUAGUUCGCUGAUGUGGUUUUUAAGAAGUUGGUAAACCUAACAGGCCGUCUUCAACAGUUUUUCUUUUGGAAUUGACUUCUUAUGCACAAGGAUUAUGCCUUAUUAUCAAACAUGGGAAGAGUUCGCCCGUGCAGCAGAAAAACUAUAUCUGACAGCGCCAAUGAAGGUCAGGGUGGUUCUCAAAUACAGACACUGUGAUGGUCACCUUCGCAUCAAAGUCACCGAUGAUGCAGUGUGUUUACAAUACAAGACGGACCAGGCCCAGGACGUGAAGAAGAUCGAGAAACUACAUGGCAAACUGAUGAGGCUUAUGGUGUCCAAGGAAAGUGGUGCCAUGGAAACGGACUGAACCCCUUAGUUGUGUUAACUCUCCUUUGAGUCUGUACUGUGGUUUGUUAAUAUUAAACAAUGGAAGAGAACCGAGCUGGAAUGACUACAUCGGAUCGUGAGAGAGAAGGAAGGGAGGGGAAAUGGGAGGGUUGGUGGAAUCCAAAAAUGAAAAUGGCGAGCGUAACCUUCGGUGCUCUGAAGAGGUUUUUGCUGGAGUUCUUUUAAAGAGCUUGUAUUUAUUUUCAGUUUUAAGAUGGUGGGACGCAUGUCUAUUUAUUUAUAUGGUUAGAUUUAUUUUUGUUAUGCUUUUUUUUUUUAAAUGUCCAUUUCCACAAGGAGAAAUGUUCAUGACCAUGUUGAGGUGACUAUGAAUGAAGCAGGUCCUUUUGCUUGCUAGUUCAGUGAAAGAACAAUGUCUCCAAUGCCACUUAGUUAACUUUGCAUAUUAUUGCAUUACUCAAUAAAUGUUUAUAUAACCUCAACAGCCAACAUCUAUAAACUUUCUGAAAGAUUGAUUUUAAUGUAUGAUUAAAUGUCAAUGUCUCCCCAUA